UACUCGGACAUCCUCUAUAAAUCUGAAAAAGCUGUCUUUUUCCUUUUCCUCCUCUAAAAAAAAAUGUCCCGAUUGCUGUCGAAAACCCUAAUUCCCCACGGGAGAUUUUUCCUCCGUCGCUUCAACGAGCCGAAGACGGCGGCGGCGCCAAGCCUCGUCUGUUUCAACCGCCGUCCCUAUUCAUCGAAACCCCAUACGAUCGAGAUCGACCUGGAUUCUUCCUCGUCGGCGACUUCCAAAGCCGAAGCCGAAGCCGCGGUUCUGAAGAAGCUGAACGAGUUCGUACGGAGGAUCGUCGUUCAGAAUUCGACUCCCGAUUGGCUCCCUUUCUCCCCCGGAUCGUCCUUCUGGGUCCCACCGCACCAGAACACCGCCGCCAAGAUCGCUAAUCUGGUCGACCAGGUGACGCAUCCGUUGACCGAGGAGGAGGCUCUCUCUCUGUCUUCUCCUUCUGGCUGGCCUUGCUCCUCUUUCUUCGUUCCUUCUGAUGAUGAUUCAUCGUCUAAACAAGAGGUAGAAGGUAGCACGGAGUUGAGCGUUCCGGGGAACGAGAUGCUGGAAGUCAAGCUAGCGGAAUUUCCAGAUCCGAUCUACCUGUUGAAACAUGGAGACGAUGAUGAGUGAUUUCACAUAUCCAGCUCGCGAUGAAAGUCUAGUCCUGAUGCAUGGUUUGCAUAGACAAGCUUUGGGCAUAAAACAGAUGAUUCUCGAGACUGAUGAGGUUGUAUUUGUAUAUACAGUUGCAAGCCAUGGAAUUAUAUCCGCUGUUUUUGGCUGUCUUAACGCUGUUUGUGAACUAUAUUUUAUAAAGCUUGACAUUAAUUAAAA